AUGGGACAAAUGAAGGGCACGUUUCAGGCGGACGAUCGCGACGAAGAGAAACUAAAGGAUGGGUAUUUCAUAUGGGAUCAGUUGUGGAUCCAUCCCAAGGAGUCAGUUAUAGAUAUGGGUUUGGCUUUUGGGGAAAAUGUCUUAUAUUUCCGAUCGACAGUCUCUCAGAUAUUCAAAUAAAUGAAGGAUUGCUUCGAAAAGAUUCUAAAUUUAAGCUCAAUAUAAUUGAUAAA